AUGCCUUCCCAAACAAAUCAUCAUACAAACGGAGCUGUUGUAAAUGAUGGCGGUAACCAUCCAAACAUUGUUCGCUCCAAACAGCCCUUACCCGACUACCCAAAUGUGUCACUCUCCGAGUACAUCUCUGGCCGCAUUUCUAAGCACCCAAAAGCUGCCCUUGCUUUUAUGGACCCAAACAACAACUACCAGCUAACAUACGGCCAGCUUCAUCUCAAAGUUCACCAGUUGGCAAUUGGCCUGCUGAAACUCAACCUUCAAUCGACUGACUUUCUCAUGUUCUACGCCGACAACAGCCUGGAGUACUGCAUUCUAGUGCUUGCCUCCGUGUACCUUGGUUUGCCUUUCUGUCCAAUCCCCCCAGCUUCUGGAGCUUUUGAAGUGACUGAGCAAAUAAAAGACGCCAACGGUAGUGUGCUAAUUUUUGGCGCCAAUAAAAUGGCCACCAUCGAGAAGGCGCUUCAAGAGAAGCAGUACAAUGAAACUAUUGCCCACUACAUUUCAACCAUCAUCGAGAUGGACGUCGAUGAAGGAGAAAAGGUGCACUCGCUUCUCAAGCAACACCCAGUGACCAAAUCAAAAGCAGUUUGCUCCUUUGCCGAACUGGAAUCACUGGGCAGUGGAAAACAGCUAUCAACAGUUCCUCAUUUUCCAAUCUCUGACCCUUCAACUUCAACAUAUUUAGUUUGCUCGACUUCCGGCUCUACGGGCAAACCCAAGAUGGCUGUGCACACGCACCGGUCGAUGCUGGUCACUUUGGUAAACUCCAAGAUUGGCUUGAAUGAGUUUGGCUAUCGAGUGGCACUCUUCCAUCCCAUUGGUCACAUUUCAGGCAGUCUCAUGUGUCCUCAUGCGCUUGAUAUGGGCAUGACCAUUGUGCUCUUCAGAGAGGGCGACAUUGACCAGAUUAUGGAGACGGUUCCACGCCUUCGCAUCAACUGCAUCUUUUUCAGCCCAAACAUGGCCAGCUCGCUUGUGCUCAAUGAGUAUGAGAAACGGUACGAUCUCAGCUCGCUGGUAUGUCUCAAGACUGGCGGCUCACGGAUUGCCGACAACCUGCUGAGAAGUAUUAAGGAAAAGUAUGGCGCAAUCUUUGAAAUGUAUGGGGCGACAGAAAUGAUGUGUGCAGUUCGAACGCGCAAUCCAGAAGAAACAGAGGUCGAUUAUGUGCCUGGCAACUGCGGUACUACUGUGCCCGGAGUAGAAAUGAAGAUUGUCGACUUGAGCACGGGCGAGCCACUGCCGGCUUACCAGACGGGAGAAGUCUGCUUCAGAGGGGGUGGCUGCUUUUCGGGUUAUCUCAACAAUGAAGAAGCAACGAGGAGCACUAUUGAUUCGGAUGGCUUCUACCACAGCGGCGACUUGGGUCACUUUGACGCCCAAGGACGACUCUUUAUCACUGAUCGCAUCAAGGAGAUGAUCAAGUACAAACUGUACACUUUGUUUCCCGCUGAGAUUGAAGAUUUCCUUCAUCGACACAAAGCGGUGUCCGCGGUAUGCAUUGUGGGCAUUCAUCAUGCAUCAGAGGGCUACUACAUUCGCGCAUACGUUGAGCUGGUCAAGGGAGAGACCGUCACUGAAGAAGAGCUGAUUCAAUACGUUGCAGAAAACAUGGGCACUCAGAAGCGACUUCGAGCAGGAGUUUGCUUCAUUGACGCAAUGCCACGAACGCUAAUUGGAAAAAUUGAUAGACAGUACUUCAAGAAACUUGUUGCAAAUGAGCUGAUCACUGAAAUUGUUCCGUAA